AUGGUCGGGCUCGCGCUCUGCAUCGCAGCGGCCUGGCGCCAGGAGCUUUUCAGUUCCGAACCGUCAAUCUUCGUCACAGCGAAGGGCUCCAUCGACUACUACAUCGUGUCCCCCGUGCUGUCCUACCAGGCCCGCGUGGAGGUCAUCGUGCACUGGGGCGCCCCCCCCCCUCACUUUCCCGUGCUGCUGGCUCUUGGCGCCAUCGCGAACGCCAACAUGCAGUAUCAUAUCGCUCGGGUGCCGAAGCGUUUUCCCAUGGACGCCCCCGUCGGUUGCGGGCGCGCCGAUCCUCGGACUCGGUGGGGCCACGCCACCGCGAUGAUGCACGCUAUUGACAUAGAUGCCACAUGGAGGCUCUGGCUCGCCAGCGCUGGGAUGGAUUGGGCCGACGUGUGCGGCCUCAGCCCCGCCGACAACUCAGAGUACUUUGGGCGUCGUGAGCUGCCGGCCUUGUCUCCCGUCGCGGUUUGGCGGUUCGCGGCUCGUUGCUUUGAAGGGCUCGCGCGAUGGCUGCCGCCGCCGUUGCGUGCAGGCACCUUGCGACUUGCGCGACAGGUGCAGCGUCGUUUCAAAGCCAGUCGUGUUAUCGAGUUUUUAGCCAGACCGUGGCUUGUGCUUCUGGGCGUCGCGGCGCAGCUGCCGAUCGAGCUUGCCGCCGCUGCGGCGACGAUCACCAAAUCCUUGGCCGUCAGAGCGCACCGCCAGGCUGAGCAGGAUAAGCUAGCGGGCUGGCGAAGUCAGGCCAGGCGCCACUCGCUCGACGGAGCAGCAGCACUGCACGCCUACUCGCGGCCCGCCAUCCCGUGGCACGCCAGCAGCACCAGCACGGCUGACGCCGGCGCCGCCGAGUUGGUGGCGCUGCCGCGCGGUUUUCAGCACGCACUGCCAGGCACCGUCUUCAAUUCGGAUUUGCCGUUCGUCGCCGAUGACCUCUAUGUCAGAGGCCAGCCCUCGGCCAAGCUGAUCUCUCGGCUGCGCGGCAGGCACUUGCGAAUCCAGACGCGCGCUCGCACGGUGGCGGAGGUGGCUUGUUGCGCCACCCCGCUGCACGCGCGGUGGCGCAAGUGCCACGGAGUCGGGCACGCCGCAUUCUUCUGUCGGCGCCACCCGCCUCUGUGCAGCGUGGGGGCGCAGGAACUGCUGCGGCAGGAGCGCGCCCUGGGCCGCUGCGCAGAGGACCUGGCGCGGCGCGCCGAGGCCCUGGCGCGCGGCGAGGCGGCGGCGGAGCGCCGCGAGGAGGCACUGCUGAGGCGGUGCGAGGAAGUCCUUGCGCGGUGCGGCAAGCGCGAGGAGGACCUGGAGCGGCGCGAGGACCACGGGCCGUGGCGUUGCGCGAGGAGGCCGUGGUGUUGCGCGAGGAGGCCGUGGGGCAGCACGAGGAGGUGCUGCGGGGGCGCGAGGAGGCGGCUGCCGCCGCCGCGACGGCGAUGGCGCCCGACGACUCGGCCGAGUGGCUGCAGGUGCGCGGCCCAGACUAGGACGAGGCGGGCUCCCAGACGAGCCCAUCUGCGCCAUCCGGAAGCAGUAGCGGCAGCAGCACAACCAGCACCACCAGCGGCGCCGAGAACAGCAGCGGCGGCGAGGGCUCGGACCGCCCAUCGGAGGCGCUCGACUCGGACGACUGGCUCGUGGUGGAGGACGUCGAGACAGUCCUGGACGACUAGACUAGCAGGGGCCUCACCCUUCGAGGAGGAAAAGGUACGGAUACCGCCACCUCUCCCUCGUUUUCGCCUUCCUUCGAAGAAGAAGAAACUACCUCUUGGUUUCCCCACGCCUGGGCCAUCUCGGAGGCACUGCAGCGGGGCGACUGAUGUUUCAGGCUCGCGGUGCGCCAGCCCCAAGAGGCUGCCGCCGAGCUGGAAGCUCAAAGUUUGA